AUGAUGGAGCUAUUUUCAUUGACUGGCAAGACAGCCUUAAUCACAGGAGCUAGUAGAGGCAUUGGCCAGGCCAUGGCCGUAGCCCUUGCCGAAGCUGGAGCUGAUAUUGUCCUUAUUCAGCGGGAUCUUUAUCAAAAUUCCACAAAAGAAGCAAUAGAAAAGGCCGGUCGCACAUGCCUUCUCGUCAAGGCUGAUUUAAGCAACAGGAAAAAUGUACAGGGCCUCAUCGCAUCGGUGGUGAAGGAUCGUCGCAUCGAUAUCAUGGUGAACAACGCAGGUAUCAUGCAUCGGAUGGAAGCAGCUGAUUUUACUGAGGACGCAUUCGAUGAAGUGAUGGAAGUGAAUUUUAACUGCACGUUUUUCCUGUGCCGCGAUAUUGGGCGAUAUUGGAUAGAAAACAGGAUCGACGGCCGCCUCAUCAACACAGCCAGUUUAGCAACAUUCCAAGGUGGCGUCCGUAUGGCAGCCUAUUCUGCUAGUAAAGGGGCUAUUGGCCAGCUUACCAAGGCCUUGAGUAAUGAAUGGGCGAAGCACAACAUUCGUGUCAAUGCAAUUGCCCCGGGCUAUAUUGCAACGGAUAUGAACAUUGAUACGCGAACCAACCCUGACCAAGCUUACUAUGAGUCGAUCCUGAGCCGUAUCCCAAUAGGACAUUGGGGAAAGCCUGAGGAUUUCAAGGGACCAAUAGUCUUCCUGGCUUCCGAUGCCAGCUCAUAUAUUUCUGGCCAAAUCAUUACGGUUGAUGGUGGCUGGAUGGCACGAUGA